AUGGAGAGAUUUGGAGUGAGAGAGAUCAUCGACAAAGAAGAAGAAGAGGAACUAAUGGAGAUACGGCAAUCUUUCCCUAGCGUUUCUGAAAGCAGCCUUGUUGGUGUGGAGCCUAGUGUUGAAGAACUAGCGAGUCAUCUUAAUGGUGAGGAUGGUGUUCAAGUGGUUUCGAUAUGCGGGAUGGGCGGUGUUGGGAAAACCACUCUCGCUAGACAAGUUUUUUAUCAUGAGAUGGUGCGGCGUCAUUUCAGUGGAUUUGCUUGGGUGUUUGUUUCACAGGAGUCUUGGGAGCUUAUAAAGCCAGCUUUUCCACAUACAUCAGGUAGCAAGGUUUUACUCACUUCUGGGAACGAGGGUGUUGAGUUUCAGGUUGAUGAUUUAAUGGAAGAGAUUCAAAAAAUGCUCAAACAUUUUGGAGGGUUACCAUUAGCUGUGAAAACUCUCGGAGGGUUGUUAGCUACAAAACGUAUUGCGUUCGGGUGGAUAAAGUUGCACAACAAUAUUGGAUCUCAUAUUGUAGGAGAGAUUGAUGUAGCUGAGGAUUAUUUGGAGGAGUUGGUUAAAAGGAGUAUGGUAUUAGUAGGGAAGAGGAACACUGUGACAUUACGGAUUGAAUCUUGUCGUCUGCAUGACAUUGUUAGAGAAGUCUGUUUGUUUGAAGCCAAAGAAAAGAGAAUUUCAGAGAUCCUGAUCGCCUCUGUUUCACUAUCAUCUUGUGACUUACCCGGGGAUCCAAUGCCAGUUCUCGAGAAGCUACAUAGCUUGAAAAUAGUUAGCUUAGAACUGAAUGCUUUCACAGGGAGGAAAAUGGUCUGCUUAAAAGCCGGCUUCCCUAAAUUGCACACGCUAGAGUUUUCGAUACUUGAUAAUCUUGAAGAGUGGGUCGUAGAAGAUGAGUCAAUGCCGUGUCUUUGUCAUCUAGAGAUCAAUGACUGUAGGAAGUUGAAGAGUCUUCCUGGUAGAAUAAGAUACAUCACUACUUUAGAGGAGCUAUGA